UUCUUUCGAAUUAUCAAUUUGGAUGAAAUUUUUCAUAAAUAUCAUACAUAUUUAUGGAUAAUGCCAUUAUUGAUUAGUAUAAUGAUUAUUAUAACAUUACCUUUAACCUAUAUGAUGGCUGUAUUUAUUGGUGAUCGAUAUACAAUAUCAUUAGUUAGUGAUGCUGCAUCGGCUGCACCAUUUAGUGGUUAUUUUUCAUUAUGUACUGAUAUUAUUGCCAUUUUAUUCAUUAUAACUUCUUAUAUACGUUGUAAACAAGUGGAAUUUUUUCUAAUCAAACAAUUCAAACUAAAUAAUAAUAACGAUGAUAUUGUUGAUGAUGAUGAUGAUGAUAAUGGUAAUAAUAACGAAGAAGAUGAUACAACAACAACCGAUGAACAUAGAACAAAUGGUUACCUAAAAAAAUCGACAAAAACUGAAGAAAAUUUCCAAAUAGAUGAAGAAAUCAUUGCCAAAUUAAGUUGGCAAAAUUAUCGUUAUUUUAUAUGUAUGAUUUUAGUUGCUAUUGGUUUGACAUUUGUUGGAAAUUUUCCCUGUAAUUAUCAUCCAUUUCCACAUGCUUUCGGUGUUGUAUUGAUAUUAUUUUCAUUGAUUGCAUUUUAUGAUCAGAUUUACAUAUGUCAAAAGCUAUAUGAAUUUGAUCGAAUCGAAAGUCAACCAAUUUCAAUGACAAUUUUAUCAUGUUUAAUUAUAAUCGGUUGGUUUAUUGCAAUUGCAACCGGUUUAAUAGCAUCAUUUCAACAAGAAUCAAAAAUUUUAACAUUAAUGAAUAAUGAUUUACGUAUGAAAUGGACUGAUGAACAACCAGGUUCACAAUGGUUUAAAAUAACAGUAUUAGCUGAAUGGAUAACAUUUUUAUUGUAUUCACCAAUUUAUCUUAUGUUAACUAAUCGUAUGAAACAAUUUCAUAAUUGGCAAAAAAUUUUUACAAAUUAAAACACAAUAUAUCGAUUGAUUUUUACU